AUCGUCACAGUUUCGUUCCAGCUCUGCAUCGCACAGACAAGAAAUUCUAUUUCUGCAGCUGACGUGAUAUCUCUGUCAACCCCCCCCCAAAAAAACAAAUUUUCUCUCGUUGAAAAGAAGAAAGUAAAGCAGCUAUAAAGUCGCACGACGAGAUUUUGUGCAAACAAUUUUCGUGUUCACAAUAUUUUGGCGAAUUUAAAUUGUCGAAAAAUUUUAUUUUGCCAACWUCAUAGUCGGUGAAAUUAAGAAAAAAAUUGAAAGAAAAUCCUAAGCAGCAACUAGCUUCCUCUGGAGUGCAGCAGCGUAAAAGGGACGUAGGUAGAAAACGCUCGUACAGUGCGCCUAGCACCAYUGGUGGGAAGAGCAUAACAACAAAAUAGUAUCGAACGGGACGAGUGCCGCUACAUACGAUAGGAAAGAGGCGAAAAAACGUGGUUUUUUGGUUCGAUAGCAGCCCAGCAGAAAAUUGUCAAAUUAUAGCAAACGAAAAUAYUGAGUGAAUUACGCGCUUUUUAGUGUCACCAGUGAAGAAGAAUAAAAGGUGCAAUCUUCGCGAAACCGUUAAAAAUGGAAAAUCAAAACAAUACCGAUGUUGCAGAUGCAGCUAACGCUGCUGAAAAUGGUUCAAACGCUACUCCGGAAGUGUCUUCUACAACUAAUGUACCCACUGAGCCAAAUAAACGAUCACUACGUGUUCAAACCUGGAAGAAAAUUCAGGACAACAAGUGCGGCGUCGGUUUCAAUGCUAUUUUCAAUCGCAUACCUGGUUUUGUGGACAGCGACAAAGCUGCCAAACUUCUCUCAGAAACCGAAGAGUUCAAAAAAGCUSAAAACAUCAAGGUCAAUAUUGAUCGCGCUUUGCAUUCGGUUAAAUUGGAAACUCUGCUUGCUGGGAAAAAUUUGUAUUUACCAGGAACGCGUGACUCCAAAGCUAUAUAUUUAAAAGUUGACGUGCCUGCUGACGCCACAGAUGAUCAGAAAAAGGAAAUUCUAAAUGUACAAGAUGUUCAGCAACAUCGCACUGAAAUAACUUUAGAAAACAAAGUUAAGUUGGAUAUGGUAGUCAUUGGUUCGGUGGUAGUAUCACGAGAUGGUUACCGCAUUGGACGCGGUAACGGUUACGCCGAUCAAGAUAUUGGCUUGCUUACCGAAAUUGGUUCAAUUACGCCUGACACAGUAAUCGCUACGAUGGUACAUGACCUGCAGGUUGUUGAUAGCCUGCCAAAGGAGCUAUUUCAAAAAUACGAUACUCCAGUUGAUUUGAUUGUAACACCCACAGAGGUUAUACGUGUCAGCAAACGGUUGCCACGCCCAACUGGCAUAUUCUGGGAAUUGCUUUCGGAGCGUCGUCUUAAGAUUGGACCUGUUCUCCAGGUGCUUAAGGAAAGCCARGAGAAGGACGGUAAAGUAAUUGUGCUGAAAGAAGUGGAUACCGAUAUUGAACAAAAUCCAAAUUUACGCAAUCGUCGCCGUGGACCGGUUCGUCGGCGUUUCGGACGUCGUAUCCAACGUCGCGCUAUAUCUCAAACCGAUACUGAACAACAAGGUCAAAAUGCCAUCUCAAAUACUGCUGGGCGUAAUCCUCGCAGAGCCCGCCGUUUCCCGAACCGAAGACGGCGUCCAACAAAGUCGGAAGGCGAUCAAUCGGGCGUUGAAGGCAAAAGCCAGGACCGCAAGGGAGCCGGCGGUGAUCGCAAACAGCAACAACAGCAGCGGCAGCAGCGUGUGCGUAAGAAUCGACUUGCCCGCGAUUUCUGCAUUAAACUUUCGAAUAUUACGCGAGAUGUGCGCGUAAAGGAUUUGAAGUCCGAGUUACGUAAGCGCGAAUGUAACCCACUCUAUAUCUCAUGGAAAGCUGAUGAACCCGUUGAGCCAACCAAACGAUCACUACGUGUUCAAACCUGGAAGAAAAUUCAGGACAACAAGUGCGGCGUCGGUUUCAAUGCUAUUUUCAAUCGCACACCUGGUUUUGUGGACAGCGACAAAGCUGCCAAACUUCUCUCAGAAACCGAAGAGUUCAAAAAAGCUGAAAACAUCAAGGUCAAUAUUGAUCGCGCUUUGCAUUCGGUUAAAUUGGAAACUCUGCUUGCUGGAAAAAAUUUGUAUUUACCAGGAACGCGUGACUCCAAAGCUAUAUGUUUAAAGGUUGACGUGCCUGCUGACGCCACAGAUGAUCAGAUAAAGGAAGUUCUAAAUGUACAAGAUGUUCAGCAACAUCGCACUGAAAUAACUUUAGAAAACAAAGUUAAGUUGGAUAUGGUAGUCAUUGGUUCGGUGGUAGUAUCACGAGAUGGUUACCGCAUUGGACGCGGUAACGGUUACGCCGAUCAAGAUAUUGGCUUGCUUACCGAAAUUGGUUCAAUUACGCCUGACACAGUAAUCGCUACGAUGGUACAUGACCUGCAGGUUGUUGAUAGCCUGCCAAAGGAGCUAUUUCAAAAAUACGAUACUCCAGUUGAUUUGAUUGUAACACCCACAGAGGUUAUACAUGUCAGCAAACGGUUGCCACGCUCACCUGGCAUAUUCUGGGAAUUGCUUUCAGAGCGUCGUCUUAAGAUUGUACCUGUUCUCCAGGUGCUUAAGGAAAGCCAAGAGAAGGACGGUAAAGUAAUUGUGCUGAAAGAAGUGGAUACCGAUAUUGAACAAAAUCCAAAUGCACGCAAUCGUCGCCGUGGACCGGCUAGUCGACGCAACAGACGUCGCAACCGACGUCGCGCUUUAUCUCAAAUCGAUACUGAACAACAAGAUUUGGAAGGCGAUCAAUUCGUUGCUGGCGCUGCUAAUGCCAGUGGCGCCGAAGAAGACGCUGCGCAACCACAACAGACAAAAACCGCGUCGCUCAAUAUGGAUUUGCCCAAGUUUGAUGAGAAGAACGCUGAUGGUGGUAGCGGUGCUACUAAAARUGGUGAUGCUGCUGCAGGUGGUGAUGCUGGCGCUGCUCGCAUCGAGUCCGUCGAUACCAGCAUCGUAUAGUAUGAGCUAUGGGAUGAUUUGAAACGGCUGUACUUUUGGUUGGGACAUUUGAAAUCGUGCGUUCAACAAGACAAAAUUGUUUAUCAUUGCCUUAGUCUUCCGUCAACACUCGCAUCUACGGAAUUUCCAAAUGAAAUCUGAUGUUCCAAUUCGAAACGCGGUUACUUAGGUUAGUGUUACAGUAUGAGCCAACGCACACAUUUUUAAUGAAAUGAAAAAUUAAAAAAAAAAAAAAAAAAAAAAAAA